AGUUCAGAACGAUUCAUUAUCAACUUGACAGCGAACGCUAGACUACUUCGAUUUAUAUUUUAUGCUUUGAAAUAAAUACGGAAAAAACCACGAUAUGAAAUUCUUCAAUCUGCUGUUGUUCAUUGCCUUUGUUUCGGCCACAAAUGGCAGUCGAAUAUUGUUUGUGGCGCCGUUUACCGCAAAGAGUCAUUGGUUGUAUUUGCAGAGCUUUGUAAGAGCAUUGCUCGAACGCGGCCAUCAUGUCACGUGCAUCACAAGCAAUCCACUUGGUGAUCAAAACUAUAUUAACUACACAGAGGUCUUAAUCGAUCCACCACUAAACAUGGAAACACUUCGAACACAAGCGGAUUUAUUCCGAACGUCAGUAGAUUUUUCAAUAGCAAAAACGUGGAAAAUCCCUCACUUUGGCACGACAUCCGCCGAAUAUUCGUUGUCCAGUAGAAAUGUGCAGCGAUUUUUGCAUGAAAAACAUUUGCAUUUUGAUUUAGUGAUAAAUGAAGAAUUUUUCCACGACGUCUAUCUGAUGUUUGGAUACAAAUACAAGGCUCCGACCGUAACAAUCGCUACCCUUGGCUGUGCAGACUUUGUUGAUCGACAAAUGGGUUUUUUAACGCCAUGGUCACACGUACCCAAUACACUGGUCACUUAUAAUGAUGAUAUGUCAUUUACGGAACGAUGGUACAAUUCAAUGCUUUCGAUAUGUGACUGGAUAGUACGACGAUUCAUUUAUUUUCCACGACAAAAUGAACUCGCACGAAAAUUCUUCGGUCAUCUCGGGGAAAUUCCAACGGUUGAGGAGCUAACGCUAAAUAUUUCACUGGCUUUAAUCAAUACACAUCACAGUGUACAAGCACCAAGACCAUCAAUGCCAUCCAUUGUUUAUGUUGGUGGCGCGCACAUUAAACCACCAAAACCAUUACCAGCCGAUUUACAACGAUUCAUCGACGAAGCACAGUAUGGAGUCAUCUACUUUAGCCUGGGAACCGUUUUAAAAACAUCACAAAUGCCUGCCGAUAAAUUACAGAUUGUUUUAGAUUCUUUGAAAAUGUUAAAGCAAAGAGUGAUUUGGAAAUAUGAAGAAGACAAAGUGUUUAUGGAUCGACUCCCGUCCAAUGUAAUGAUUCGCAAAUGGUGCCCGCAAAGCGACAUUCUAGCGCAUAAAAAUGUUCGUCUAUUCAUUUCACAUGCGGGAAUGUUUGGCACUUUUGAGGCAAUUGCUCGUGGUGUACCGAUUUUGAUGAUACCUUUUUUUGGUGAUCAACAUAGAAAUGCAGUCCGUGCUGUUCGGGCUGGUUAUGCGAAAAUAUUGGAUUUUAACAACGUUUCCAUCGAUUUGUUCGUGAAUGCGGUUAAUGAAAUGAUGUCCAACGCUUCGUAUGCGAAUAAAAUGAAUGAAAUUUCAAGUAUCUACAGUGAUAAUGUGGUGCAUCCCAUGGACACAGCUAUGUUUUGGAUAGAAUACAUCAUUCGUCAUUCGGGUGCCAAACAUCUGAAAUCACAUGCGGUCAAGAUGUCAUGGUUCUCCUACCUACUGCUCGAUGUUCUUCUCGUGAAUUUACUCAUUUUUGCAACGUUUAUAUUCUUGCUAUAUUUAGCACUCCAGAAAUGCCGACGAAAGCCGAAAAGCACUUUAAGAGAUAAGAAAACGGAAUAAAGAGUGAAUUUUAUUUGAAACAA